AUGCAAGUAGUACAAUCAGAACAAAUCCUCAAUGAUUAUUUAUCCAAAGGUCUUGUCACUCAUCUCAUGACCGCCUCAGAGUUCGAAAAGUUUCUUUCAAACUUAGAAAUAAACUUGGACAGAGAAGAUAUUAGUAACACUUAUAACUUACUGCAAGAACGCGACCAUAAGAUUUGCGAGGAAAAACUUCACAGGAUCCAAGAGUUUUUUCAGCGAACCAGAAGAAUAUCAAGAAAUGAAUUCGAAGCUAUUCAGCUCGACGAAACAAUUUCAAUGGAAAGAUUAGUUAACUCCCUUUACGCAGCCAAUCAAGUGUUUGAUGAAGAGAUAUCAAGACUAGAUUCAGAAAUUAAGGUGCAAAAUGAGCGAUCCACGUCACUUGUAAGUUUUCUUCAUUCGAAUGCUGAAGAUAAGACUACGAGCUUCUCAUUUGCUCAGUUGACUAUACUUUUGAAAAAAAUGAAGGACAUUGGGCAAUCUGUCGAAGAGAUAUCUUAG